AUGUCUACACAGGAGGUGACUGCUCCUGAUGGACAGUCCUUCGAAGAACAAAUAAGAGAGAUUAUCCAGGCCGCCGCAGCACACGACAUCAAAGCCCUAGAAGCGUGCAUUAGCAAGUAUUCUUUUCCAGACUGCAAGGCUGUGGACGUGCAGGAUUUGCAAACAGGGCAAUCGCCUCUCCGUGCUGCCAUUGCCUCAUGCAGACCUACGACCAAUGGGGUUGAUAGCGGACAAGAACCUGCUGAUGUCGAGGUUGCCGCCGCUGAAACCGUACGAUUUCUGUUGGAAAACGGUGCAAUCUGGAACCAGCUGGACAACAAUGAUGAGACCCCCGGCUGCAUUGCUCAUCGAUUGGGCCUCGACGAUCUAUAUCAAAUGAUGGUUGAUGCUGGCGUGCGUGCCGAAAUGUUACUCAGCAGGCUUGAAGAGUAUGAAAGAUUGGGGGAUGAUGAGGAAGCCGAGGCUGACAAGGCAGACGACGAUGAUAAUGCUGGCAGGCCAUCCGGAGAGGAGCAAGAUGCCACAGACGGUCAUCAACAGGACGACGACAAGCAUGAUGUACCUGACACAACGCAGGACGUCACCAGCUCCGCUUACCUCUCAUCCACUUUGGCACUCAGCAACAACAAGUUGCUGGAUGAGCAACAUAAUGGAGUGAUGAUGGCAUGGGAAAGCGGCAUUAUGAAACAAUCGGCGGAUGCUCUCUUGUCGGAGCCGGGAAUGAACAUUCUCAACAUUGGCUUUGGCAUGGGCAUCAUCGAUUCAUACAUCCAGAACCAUGCCAACCAACCGGCAAACCACCACAUUGUCGAAGCGCACCCGUCUGUUCUCGAGGAGAUGAAGAGCAAAGGCUGGAUGGAUAAGCCGAAUGUCGUGGUGCAUAGCGGGAAAUGGCAGGAUGUUCUUCCACAGCUAGUCGCCGAAGGGGAGACGUUUGACGCCAUCUACUUCGACACUUUUGCCGAGUCGUAUUCGGAUUUCCGGGAUUUCUUCCAAGAGCAGGUCAUUGGUCUUUUGAACCAACAUGGUCGCUGGUCGUUUUUCAACGGCAUGGGCGCCGAUCGACAGAUCAGUUAUGACGUGUACCAGAAGGUUGUCGAAAUGGACCUGCUUGAAUCCGGGUUUGAUGUGGAAUGGCAAGACGUCCCGCUUCCCGAUCUGGAACAGGAAUGGGAUGGAGUGCGAAGGAAAUAUUGGAAUGUCACCAGCUAUCGACUGCCGGUAUGUAAAUUUAUGGAUUGA